UCACCCCUUAUUCCCUUUUUCUUCCUUCCUCUUCUUCUCUUCCCGUAUCUAUUUUCAUCUCUCUCACUGCAACUACAGUCUUCACCACCACCACCGACCUCACCACCUCACCAAUUACCACCACCGUCCUCACCAUCACACCCUUCGUCUUCGCCCUCACCACCAUCGUCUUCGACCUCCAAUCCUUCAGAUCUGAACACGCCGUCCUCACCACCGUCGCCGUCAUCCACCGCAUCCGUCGUUUCAUUGCGCCUUCAAUCUCAGACGAGUAACAAAAAAAAAUACAUAAUACAGUAGAAAGAGGUUUACGAAGAGAAAAUCUGAAAAUUUAAGAUGAAGGAAAGUUCAAAACGAAGAAAACCAGGAGAAGAAGAAGACGAUGGUCAAGGCAGUAACACCAACAAAGACAGAUUAAGCAGUCUGCCAGACUCUCUCUUGUGCCAUAUACUUUCCUUCCUCCCCACAAAAACAUCUGUGUGUACAAUGAGCCUUGUCUCUCAUAGGUAUCUUCAUCUCUGGAAACAUCUCCAAGAUUUUGAUUUCUACGAUGUGUAUUACCCCGAUUCCGAUGAAGAGGCCGAAAAUUUCAAAGACUUUGCCAUAUUCGUCAACGCCGUCCUCUCUAUGCGAAGUACCCGCGACAUUCGGAAGAUGCGUCUCUCUUGCGGCCAAUCUCAACUUGAUUCAUUCGCUGAACGCUCUGUUGACACGUGGAUCCGCACCGCCGUUGGAGCCCACCUUGAGGAUCUUCAUCUCGCUCUCUUCUCGUCCGAGGGUGAAGGCUUCAAACUCCCUCUCCCGGUCCUAUCAUGCACUAACCUCCUCUCCAUCAGUCUCUGUGGUGAAAUAUUUGUGGAAUUGGAACAAUCUUGGCAUGUUUGUUUACCAUCAUUGAAGACACUACAACUAGAAAUUGGUAACGUGGAUGUGAAUUCCGUUGAUAUCCUUCUCUCUGCUUGUCCAAUCUUAGAAACUUUGGAACUUUCCUUUUCAACUGAAUCUUUGGCCAAGCUUAGGGUUCCAUCUUCCUUGAAAAGUUUUAAAUUUACUAUAGAGAAUGACACUGAAGUUUGUCUUGAGAUUGACACACCUGGUCUCAAGUACCUUAGCCUCACCAAUAUCACAUUUGGCAAUGCCACUUCUAUUGGGAACUUGCACAACGUGGAGGAAGCAUAUCUUGAUGCCUCUUCUGAAAGUGAAUCUGUUGACCCUUUACUCACUCUCCUCCAAGCUCUCUCUGGCAUUAAACGUCUAGUGUUUCGUUGUUAUGCAGCAAAGAGGAGAUUAUUAGGUACUGAACCUAUUAUAGAUUUUCCGAAAAUGCACUUUUCAGAAUUUCGCUGCUUACUACAUCUAGAGCUUAUUCUUCCCACUUUCGACCCUUUUCUGUACGACGUGCUUCAGAAAUGUCCUAUACUUCAAGCUCUCAUAAUUCAUAAUGACAAGGAUACAUCACCAGUUAAACAUAGUCUCACGGCAAAGCCGAAAAGUGUUCCUAAUUGUCUUGUAUCCCACUUGACCUAUAUUCACUUUAAAGGAUAUACAGGAUAUUGGCAUGAGAAGGAAUUUGCUGGUUAUGUUUUGCAGUAUGGACUUGUUUUGAAGACAAUGCUUAUUUCUGGUUUUUUGUCGAAUGAAAGCAAGAAGUCUACAAAGUACCACUAUCGCAGAAAAUUUUCGAAUAUGCCAAGGGGAUCUACUGUCUGCCAAGUUAAAUUUGACUAAGUUAUAGGAUAAAUCAGUGUAGAAUUGGCAUUUGCACAUCUGAUUAUUCAAUCUUUCUUGUUGGUUACAAAUUUGAUUUGUGAGCAUAAUGUUUUGGCAGUGUACUUUUGUAUUUUGGAUUUUAUCAAGGCUCAAGUCUUUUGCAAUCAUUUGGUUGUGUUAUUUAUGGUUUAUAUCAACGGAUCUUUUGACUUACUCUUUUGACAUACGUACAUAGCUCAGUGAUGUCUAUUGUCUAUAUUAGAAAACAAAGAGAGACA